AUGGCGAAGAAGGAGGCUUCAAUAUUGAUGCAAAAAUAUGAGCUCGGCCGCAUGCUUGGAAAAGGCACAUUUGCUAAGGUUUACCAUGCAAGAAACCUUAAAUCUAAGGAGAAUAUAGCCGUUAAGAUUAUCGACAAGCAGAAGGUUUUGCAGAUCGGAUUGAUAGACCAAAUCAAACGAGAAAUCUCUGUCAUGGGCCUUGUCAGGCACCCCAAUGUUGUCCAGCUCUAUGAAGUCAUGGCAAGCAAAUCCAAGAUUUAUUUCGCCAUGGAAUACGUGAAAGGUGGAGAGCUUUUCAACAAGGUUGCCAAAGGGAAGCUCAAGGAAGACUUGGCGCGCAAGUAUUUCCAGCAACUCAUCGGGGCUAUUGAUUUCUGCCAUAGCCGAGGGGUGUAUCACCGAGACAUAAAGCCGGAGAAUCUCCUCCUUGACGAGAAUGGUGACCUCAAGGUUUCUGAUUUUGGGUUGAGCGCUUUGUGGGAUUCGAGGCGGCAAGAUGGGCUUCUCCACACGACAUGUGGCACUCCUGCCUACGUGGCGCCAGAGGUUCUUAACAGGAAAGGCUAUGAUGGAGCUAAGGCUGAUAUUUGGUCAUGUGGUGUUGUUUUGUUUGUUUUGUUGGCUGGUUUUCUUCCUUUCCAAGAAACCAAUCUCGUGGAAAUGUAUAGGAAGAUUAGCAAAGGAGAAUUUAGGUGCCCCCAUUGGUUUCCUCAAGAUGUCCGGAAGCUUCUUUCAAGAAUUCUUGAUCCCAAUCCGAGCACAAGAAUAGACGUUUCCAAGCUCCAAGAGAAUACUUGGUUCAAGAAGGGAUUCAAAAAGAUUGAAGCGUUACAACUGCCUCCGAAAGUCUCCGUCAUCGACGACGUUCAGGAUGCGUUUUUGCCCUCGGGAACUAGCCCCAUGAAACUGACUUGCUUCAAUGCAUUCGAUAUUAUCUCUCUUUCAUCGGGAUUCGAUCUAUCCGGUUUGUUUGAGAAGGAUGUAAGUCAAAGACUGCAGGCACGAUUUACUACGACAAAACCGGCCUCAAUGAUCGUGUCGAAAUUGGAAGAAAUAGCGGAGGUGGAGAGGUUUAAGGUGAUGAAGGAAGGAGGAAAAGUUACAUUACAGGGAAGCAAAGAAGGGAGAAAAGGGCAGCUUGCAAUUGAUGCUGAAAUAUUUGAAGUUACACCUUCGUUUUAUGUUGUGGAGGUGAAGAAAGCAGCGGGGGAUACAUUUGAGUAUAGACAUUUCUAUAACGAGGACUUGAAGCCCUCUCUCAAGGAUAUUGUAUGGACUUGGGAAGGAAGUGAGCAACAACAGCAGCAGCCACAAUCUUCAUAG